CUCGAGGCCGCCAGCUAUUGAACGCAACCAUGUUUGCACCGCAGAGUUUUUCUUACAAUAUUGCCCCCAGCCGGGUUGUCUUUGGGAGUGGAAAGCUCCGAGCACUGCCCGUGGAGAUGGCAAGGCGUGAGUUGCGCUCCCCAUUGAUCCUGACUACUUCCGAACAGAUCCACCAAGGCGAGAUGGUCAAGGCUACUUUAGGCACUGGACACACGUUUGCCGAGGCGACUAUGCACACGCCAACAAGCGUCACUGAGAGGGCCCUGGCGUAUGCGAAGUCCGUCCUCGCCGACUCGAUUGUUUCUAUUGGCGGAGGGAGCACUAUUGGACUCGGCAAGGCUAUAAGCAUUCGCACCGGGCUGCCCCAUAUUUGCAUCCCGACAACAUAUUCUGGCUCAGAGAUGACGCCCAUUCUUGGCGAGUCAGCGGACGGACUCAAGAAGACGAGGAGUGACCCCAAGAUUCUUCCCGGGACAGUCAUUUACGAUGUGGAUCUGACUAUGACUCUUCCGGUCGGCCUGAGUGCUGCCAGCGGCAUGAACGCAAUCGCUCACGCAGUGGAGGCGUUGUAUGCUCACGACUCGAACCCAAUCAUCUCCCUGCUCGCCAUUGAAGGUGUCAAGUCCCUUGCAGAAUCUCUCCCUGCCAUCAUGGACUCGCCAACAGAUCUGAAUGCCCGAUCUAUGGCCCAGUACGGCGCCUGGCUUUGCGGACUCUGUCUUGGCUCCGUUGGCAUGGCUCUCCACCACAAACUCUGUCACGUCUUGGGCGGGAGUUUCAACCUGCCUCACGCUGAGACACACGCUGUUAUACUACCCCAUUCUUUGGCAUACAAUGCUCCAAAUAUUCCGGAGGUUAUGAAGAAGCUGGCGGAUGUGCUCCCAGGUAGUAAUGGCGAUGCUGUUCAGGGACUCAGCUUUCUUUUAAAGCGCCUUAAAUUGCAACGUGGAUUGCAAAGUUUCGGAUUCAAAGACGAAGACAUCGAUAAGGCGGCUGAUAUUGCAACUAGUAAUCCUUAUUCUAACCCACGUCCAGUCGAAAGGCCUCUGAUUAGAGAGUUAAUUAGAAGAGCAUACGCCGGUGAGGAUGCAAGAGUAGAUAUGUGAAACAAGCUUAAUCUUCGCCACACGACUGAAACAAGGCAACAGUGGAAACGUUGAGAGGGAAAGGAAUCGGCUAAAGAACAUCAAUAUAAUCGACUUGGCGAAGCAAGUUUUAUAAGUGUUACAACUGUGAUGACUGGGUCUAUUUCCAUGUGUAAAAUGGUCAUUGGACUUAUGUAAGUAGCGAGUUACGGUGAAUUGGGGCAAUUGGGGUUGUGAAUCAUUUAGUAAAAGUUAGUCUCUAAUAAAAGAGUC